AGCAUAGCUUCCCAGAAAGUAUAUAAAGAGGUGAAAGGUAUACCUUUAUGUCGGGCCCAGACAUACCGGUGCGAUGUCGGGGAAAAGGCGACAAAUAAUGCGAUGAAAGAGGUCUUCCUAUUCGCGGCCGACAAACAAAAAUUUCCCACAAAUGGCGCCGAAAUGAAGAGCUAUUGCGAUGCAAACCUAGUAAAUCAGAAAAUUAUUAAGACUUACGGCGACAAGUGUCUCACUCCUAACACCAAACGUAUAGUGAACUUGAUGAUAUAUUCAAUCGUAAAAAAUGGUGCUAGUACGUGUAAGUCCAAACGCCGUAGUCUGGACUUUCAGCAAGUUGGUAAGUGCGGUAAUGUUGGUCAGCCUGAUAAUCGUAAGUGUUGGGACGAUUGGGUGGUCGCCAUGACCGGCAUUUCAGAGGUUGAGGAUCAUAAACUUAAGAUACCACUUGCAUGCUGGUCA